GUUAAACUACGUACAGCAAUGGCAAAACAAUACAAAGCUCUCUGUCUACUCCUCUCCGUCUCUUACCUCGUCUCGUUGGAGCUCACGACCGCCACAGUCAGUCCGACUAGGACUUCCACAAAAGCACUAAACUUCAUUCAAUCCUCUUGUAAAUUCACAAAGUACCAACCCCUGUGCGUUGAGACUCUCUCGGUCUACGCCAAUACGAUCAAAACAAGCCCUCGACGCCUCGUCGAUACAGCUAUCGUCGUGAGUCUGAAGCAAGCGGUGUCCACGAAGCUCUUCAUCUCACACCUGACGAAGAGCCAGUUCCGAACCCUUCAGGACUGCGCACCAUCGACCGACACGUUCAGUACAGAUUGCACGUGUUCUAUCGAAGAACUCGAAGAGGUAAUGCGUUGUAACGGUUGGAGUGACUGCUUGUCUCACAUAAGCAAUGCUGAAGUCUGUGCCAUUUCGGCUGAAAGUCAUAGCGUCGAGAACACCUGCUCCAGCCCGUUCGCUGGUCCGGUAAAGAUGUCGUCAGUCCGGGGCCGGUUAUCCGAUGCGGUAAGAAAGUCACUCCAUGCCCGGUUCACUAAGCUGCACCAUGAAAUAAACAAUGCCAAAAUGUUAUUCAAAGCUUUUGCUAAGAAUUAGUGAUAAUAGACUUCUCGUGUUGUAUGGUAUUCAUGUAGUAUCAGUCCAUCAGAAGAACAAUAAAUUAAACAGUUAUCGAAA